GCCUCACCUCAGCGCAGCCACCGCUGCAGCCCCAGGCAUACGGCCAUAACUUCGAUAGCAUCGUAGCAUUACUACUGCUAGUCUGUCCAACGGUCUCUGACUCGCUCCAGCUCCUUGAUCCAUGUUCAAGUUGCUCGCUUUCGCUCACUCCUCCAACAUCCGCAGUCCGAAUCCCGUCAAUCCCUGAAACGCCGAUGCAGAUUCCUUUACGUCCAACGCUGCGGAAAAAGUCAAAAAGUCCUUAACCUUGCAAUUACAUACUUGCGCUCUCUUCCGGUGAUGAAUCCGUCGAUGGAGAAUUCAUCCAACUCUCGUCAUCCACUUUGAAAUCAUCGUCUGGCGGACGCUUUCUCGACCCCAACUGGCUGCUCAGCUCUACACUGUCCAUUCGCUUCAAGUCUGCUCGCAAUCCUCGUCAACGCAAGGGCUGCUGUGUCUGCUCCGACUCGCAGCGCCUAGAAUACUACAAGGCUACGCCGCCGUUGCCUGUGGUCGCGCUAGACGGCUCUGCUGUCCCAUGGCAUUUUGAGCCCUCUUUGCUCAGAUCACUCGGAGGCCCGCGCUUCAACGCCUGCGCACCGCUCCGUGCCUGUUACCCUUCGCGUCAAGUAUCUACAUUUCUUCCACGGCUGGCCGACGCUCGACACGCUUCUGAUCCACAUUCCGUCGUCCUUUACACUUGGUCGCAACCCUACAAUUUCCUGCGAAUGUCUACUCCUCCGUCUACUGGCACAAUCAUGAAGUCGCAAUGAAGAGCAAAGGAUAUUGAUAUUGUUCUACACCCAUUGUUGCACUUAGCGAUGGGAAAGACCUAUGAAUACACCAUCAUGGGACCUCCCAAGGCUCCUGAUGAAGACUCGCCUCGUUUAUCUUCCAAAGUCUUGCCAUAUCGAAAGGAGUCAAAAGGCGCAACGCCCAAUUUGCGGUCGCUGUACAGUAUUUCUGCACAGGUCCAUCCAGACAUCAAGGUCAAAGAACAGUCGUCUGGUCCCGUUUCUUCGAUCCUUCACACGUCUCCAAAUCUGCCGCCCACGCCGCCUGGAGCGAGCAAUGGAGACAUCGCGGAUACCGCGGACGACAACAUCUCGGAUGCUGCCGUAUUCCGCUCCACGUUGGUUACUCCGACUCAUCAGCAGAGUCUACCCACACCUGAUAACACGCCUCCUCGGGAGAAGCCUGCACCGUUGUUGAGGCCGUUCCUGGGUACGCAGCCUUCGAUGACAUCCACCGGCGCGGAGUCCUUCCAAACAGCCCGUGAAGAUAUAAACUCUGACAAUGGCUCAGACCUGAACAAUCACAACAAUAGCGACGAGUCUCAAUGGACGUCGACUCCCUUCACCAAGCCAAGUACGGCCGAUCAUGGUCUGAAACGAAGUGGGGUGGGUCGAUCACCCCUAAACAAUGUAUUCGAUGAAGACACGGCGAUAAGUCCAUAUGAAGAUCAUCUCACCCUCGAUCAAACUCCGGAGACGCAUGUGCUCGCUCCAACAUUAAUGGAAAGCGACAAUGGCAAAGAAAGAUUCCAGGCCAGUCCCCAGACUCUCAGUGAACCCCAAACUCCAGAGGAUCAGGUGGAAGAAGAGAACGCGUCGCCCCGCCUUGCCACCUGGUCAGGCAAUAUUCAGAAAGGAGCUGACAAGGCUCAGCCUCGGGAAACUGCCACUUCAAAUGGUUUGGGCCGUGGCAGAAGCCUCAGAGACAGACUCCUCGAUGCACAAACCCAGGAUCCGUCCGCAUCUACAGAGAAAUUUGCCGAAAUCAUCGGCUGGAAUAACUCGGUUCCGAUGCUGAGCGGCUCGCCCGAAGCCCAGAAAGUAGAGAACGAUGAAACUCGGCGGUGGUCCGGAGUUUCAGCAACAUCUACCAUUGGAGCAUACGUUAUCGAGCAGAACCCACUUCCAAAGAGGAAGACGACGCUGCGGCAUAUGAACAAACAUGAAUCACUGCGGUCGGUAAGCUCGCCGUUGCCGGCAUCAACCCGCAACUCGAUGAUGACGACCGCCUCGGAGUCGACGCGGCGUCUCGUGCACAAAAAGGCAGUUCUAAGCAAUCAAAAUCGGUGGAGCUUUGGGUCUGAAGUGUCGAGGUCUCACAGCCUAGCUUCAAGCGCAGUCCUGCCUAAGACAGAGAUCAUUCGAGUGGCUGUGAUUCCUGAAAGAACUUCAUCGUUGCCAUCCUCCCACUACGGUAGCAACCGGCAUUCCAUGUCGGCCGGGUCCGCACAGUCGCAAUCGCGCAGGACUUCAGAUAACCCGCCUUCCUCUUGGCAACACAAGAGAGCAUUCUCCGAGUCUACGGGCCGCGGGAGAGAGCGGCAACCUGAGAUCUCGGUACCUCCCCGCAGUUCGUCGCUUUCUGCGCCCACGUCAAGAAGUACUUCCUGUGCCAAUUCGAUCACGUCGGAGCACCUUCGGGUGCGUCGGCAACAGGCAGAAAAGGACUUGCGCAAGACGUUGGAUAGGAUGGAAUCCGAUCGUUUGGUCCAGACUCUUCGCCACUGGCGCAACGAAGACCAUAAGCAAGUUUCAGCGGCACAAACAGCCAGCUCCAAGCUGAGUCCCUCCGUUACGAGGAAUCAUUGGACUGCUUCUGACCAUGGCGAAAACUGGUCGAACAACGAGUGGGCAGAUUUGCGACCUCCAUCUAUUCUAGAGACAGUAUUCUCCCAACCAUCGUUUCUGUCGGCAUCCCCAGAGAUUAACGAGGCAAAGGCAGUGAACUUCUUCCCUCACAACAACCACUCUCUGCAACUGAUCGAACCCUUUCCCGUGCAGACCUCCAUGGCUGUGAGAGAGGUACAAAGACAGAAUCUUCCCUUGGAAGAAGUGGAGUCGCCAUUGCGGAACCCGCGGCGGCCUCCUGAACCGCCUCAGUUCAAAGUGAUUCCUCCUACACCUGGCGAUGAGCUGGACAAAGAACUCUCGCUCGACGCGAUCCAGGCUAAUCGCCCAACCCGGUCUCCGUUGAGACGGCCCGGGAGAUCGCAUCGGCGCUCUGAAUCCUUCAUAGACAGCAUAUCACGAAAUUUGAGUUUGAAAAAUGCCCGCAACAGGAAAGCCGACCAAGAGCUCGAUGGACGACUCCACCCGUUCUGGCGGCCACGUGCAUUCUGGGACGACAUUGACGAUGGUCCUGCCUACUUGGAGCAGGAUCGACCUAGCCAACGAGGGAUAGUCAGCAACUCUCUCGGCUUGCCUCAGGAGCGCACUGUCAUCACAGGGCCUGUAUCCCUGGUGAGGCGCAUAUCCGAGCGACGACGGCAGAAGCGUGGUGUAGUAAAGCAAUCUAGUCAUGGCAGCCUCGCGAGAUUGCGGGCUAGCCGCCGGCUUCACAAAUCUCAUGGAUUGGGACUACGAUUCCAUCUGAUCGGGCUCCGAGAUAUCCAGCAACGACUGUUGCAAGCUCGAGCACAGCGAGAUGAUGAAAAGCGAGAGAAGAGGAGGGCACACCUCCGACAAAGUAUCGGACCUAACGUAGUCCCUCAGGGUGAUUCCAGGUUUCCGGCAAGCGAUACAAGUCUUUCGAGAGUUAUGUAAGCGCGCCGAAGGUUUCUUGAUGACUUGACACGAUUUGACAUUGCCCUGGUGGCUGAGAUUCGUUUCUAGGAUGGAGUUUUGGGAGGGUUGCGCGUUUCGUUGAAGGGAUUGAACUCACGUGAAAAGAGCAAGAAGUCUUGACGACUGAUGACCUGCACGAAUGGACUGGACGAACUGGAUGAAUGAAUUGGAUGAAUCGACGACAUGUAUGUACGAAUAGAUUGUAUUGAGCAUUUCGAUCACAGUAUGGUAAACGGAGCGGACCACCGAGUUGAGUUCUUGAUCAAUGGGACGAGGCUUGCGCCCCCUGCUCCGACUGCUGCCUUCGCCUUAGCGAUUCCAAUGCAACCGAG